AUGGAAAAUUUGUUGGGACUCGACCAGCAAUCUCUGGAAGGUGUCUUGACGCACAGUGAACAUGUGACUAAGGGAGAACUUGUAGUCAGAAAUUAUACCAAGGAUGUCGCUCAAGAUUGUUGUGAUGCUAUAUCUAAAGCAUUGUAUGGUCGUUUAUUUGGUUGGAUUGUAAAUAAAAUAAAUCAGUUACUGGCACCAGCAGAAGAAAUAUCAAUAAAUGAAACUAAGGAAAUUGGAAUACUGGAUAUUUUUGGAUUUGAACAUUUUCAGAAAAACAGUUUUGAGCAGGCUUGCAUUAAUCUUGCCAACGAGCAACUUCAGUUCUUUUUUAACCAGCAUAUUUUUAUGAUGGAGCAAGAAGAAUACCAAAGUGAAGGAAUUGACUGGACCAAUAUCCCUUUUGUCAAUAAUCAGCCGCUUCUUGAUUUAUUCUUGGGUAAGCCGAUUGGAAUUUUAACUCUAUUGGAUGAAGAAUGCCAGUUUCCUCAGGCAUCAGAUCAUACUUUUGUUGAAAAGAUGAAUCAUAACUUUGCUGGUAAUCAUUUCUAUAUCAAAUCAAGAGUUGCAUCUAAUAAUAUAUUUAGCAUAGACCACUAUGCUGCCAGGGUUGAAUAUGAUGCGCAAGGAUUUCUUGAAAAGAAUCGAGAUACUCUACCAAAUGGAGUGAUACAGUUAUUAAAGGAGAGCAAAAAUGCGUUACUAAAUCAGAUAUUCAGAGGCACUAUAACAAGAACUGGUACUCUGGCACUGCAGAUGAGAACAAGUAGAGGAUUCAGUAGAAAAAAGAGGUUUAUGCAGCCACCACCUAAAGCUAGCAGAAAGAAUCUAACACUUGGUGGACAAUUCAAGAAUUCUCUGAAUGUGCUAAUGGAGAGAAUGGCGGUGUGUAAUCCCCAUUUUGUGCGAUGUAUAAAACCAAAUACUGCCAAAGCAGCUAACAAAUUUGAAGAUCAAUUCGUCCUUGUGCAAUUACGAUAUUGUGGUAUGCUAGAGACAACAAGGAUACGAAAACAGGGCUACGCUAUUAGACCGUCAUUUACUGAAUUUGUUAGCAUAUACAAGAUCCUGGCUCUUCAUCCUAAAAUUCCUGAAGAUAAAAAUGGAUGUCUAAGAAUCUUAAAAGCUGCUGGUAUUACAAACUGGCAGAUAGGUAAAAACAAAGUUUUCUUGAAAUAUUACCAUGGUGAUGAGUUAUUGGCUAAAUUAGAGCAAUUUGAUAAGGCAGCUGUGCACGUACAAAGAGUUGUUCGAGGUUUUCUCGCAAGAAGGAAAUAUCUCCGGAUGAAGGAGGAAGCUCGAAAGAGGGCAAUUGAAGUGAACAAUUUCCUGAAGCAAUUGGAGAACUUGAAUAUUGAUAGUUAUGAUAAACAACAGAUGCUAAUAAAAAAGGAUAGGAAAAUUCCAAAAGACUACUUUAAAAAGUUGAAAAAAGCUGAAUCAAUGCCAGCAGACCUACCUGCCCCCCCACUGCCAGCACAUGCUAAGUCAAACUCAAAGUCUGCUUAUAAGGAUCUAGAAUUACCAGUUCCACCUAAUGAGUAUACUGAUCCCACAGAUGAGGGAGAUGACGAAAAUGAUACAGAUGAUGACAUCCUAGAAGAUGAGUUUGUAAGAACAAAAAAGAAUAUGGGAUUUGGACCUGAAGGAUCAAAAGAGGCUUCUAUAUUGUGGUUUAAAUCAACACAGUCAGAGAAACUGAAAGAAACUCACGGUUUUUCUAAUUGGUUCCAUGGGAUAAUAACUAGGAGACAAGCUGAGAAACUGCUAUGGGACAAACAGAUUGGGUGUUACUUAAUACGAGUCAGUGAAAGUAGAUUUGGUUAUUCUCUGUCAUUUAGAGUGAAAGAAAGAUGCAAACAUUUUAUGAUAGAUCAAACUCGGAGCGGUAAAUAUGUCGUUGUAGGCGAACCAAGAGUUCAUGCAAGUCUUUCUGCUUUGGUUAAAUACCAUGAAAAGACUCCAAUAUCUCCAUUCGGCGAUCUACUUACUGUACCUUGUGGCCAGGUUGAAGGCGAGUCAGACUAUGCUGAAUUAAUUAGUGAUGCAUCAAUCAAAAUACGUCAGAUGCCACCGUUGAGGCCGCCACCACCUUCUGUUUCCAGGCAACCACAAACUUCAAAUGCAGCAAGAAUCUAUCCUGAUCUGACUGCUAUAAGUAACCAGUCCUCGACUCCGCCUCUACCUGAAAGGAAUUACAGCCCACAGUCUAACCGGAAACAUCGUAAAGGCCCUGCCCCGCAACCACCUUCAGCAGCAUCUCGCCAGAGCCAGGCAAGUCAGGCAUCCUACCUCAGUCUGAUAAAAGAUCAGCAAGACAUGAAGGAUUUUCCUAAGACAGGAGAAGUCAAGGGAAAAAAGAAGCGAUGAGAACUUCAAUGAAAUCAACUUCUCUAUCACGCGUAUUCAGUAUACUUUUAUAUUUGUAAUACAUUUAUACAUGCUUUAUUUAGAGCAUCUACACUUUCUGAUUUUAUUCAGUACUGGUACUUAAAAUAUUUUCCACUUUCUGUGCACCAU